AUGUUUCAGUAAUCUGUUCGUCUGUUCAACUAGAAUGCCUCGGUCGCAGCCGAUAGAACGACAGAUUAUUACUAAAGGCAUAUACAAGGCAGCUGCUGGGGUUGGCGUGGCUUACAUAGCUCUGUACUUCGCCUUCCCGAUUCCGGUGCCGCCCCUGCCUUACACGAUUGACAGGCUGGUCUACACGCUCCGCCUACAAAGCUUCUCCUGCCUGACGGUCAUCGCAGGCAUCGCCGACGUCUCGCUCACCCGCUUUCAGACCACGGCCAUCGACCCCAUCAACGGGCGAGGGGAGCACCACGUGGCCCUGAGCGUCAGGUACCUGAGCAACACCCUGGAGCAGUUCGUGGUCAGCUUUGUGGGCCAGGUCAUCCUGGCCACCUACCUGACCGAGCCCCAGAUGAAAAACAUCCCCAUCCUGGUGGCGUUCUUCGUGGCGGGCCGCCUCAUGUACUACAUCGGAUACAGGAGCAGCUACCUGCAGCGGGCCCCGGGGUUCGCCGUCACCGCCAUCCCGAGCCUUGUCGUCUGGGUCUGCGUCAUGCUCUACGUCAUUUCCGACGUGCUCUCUUGACCCCUAGUUCAAAAGCUAACCUUUGACCCAAGAUUUAAAAAUAAUGCAAACGCUCACAAUUGCAUUCGCCUAUGAGUUCUUACACUGUAGUUCCAAGGGCAGCAACUGUGUAUUUUUAUUUAAAUAACUAUAAUGCAGCCUAAAAAAAAAAAAGGAUGUUUUUGUGUUAUGGAAGUAUCAGGGCAUGUUACAAAUUGCAGAAGCUUUAAUUUGAUACCAAGUGUGACGGUAAAGACCUCAUUAUCUGCAGUGUUAGACCAUUCAAUAACUUCCUACAGUGACGCAGCAAGUGGACUUUCUAACUCUUUCCUUCUCCAGUAAACAUAAGACAGGCUUUUUUACGUUUUAGUUAUUUAUUACAGAAGUCAACGUUUUCGAUAAUUUAUUGCUCCGGAAGUAUUUGUUGUCCCGGAAGUAUUCGUUGUUCCGGAAGGAAGCAUUUGUUAUGCCCGGAAGUAUUAUUUUUACAAGAAUGUUUUCAAGUGAUUGUGCCUCAUCUUAGCAAAGUUGAUCAUAAUAAAUGUUAUUUGAGCCAGUCCUGCUAGACAAUCUCAAACAGCUGUUACCGCCAAAGUCUUUCAUAGCGGUCUACUUCACGUUACACUAACCAAUCAGCCAUAACAUUGGUCAAUCGACUACAACUUCAACCACUCCGUCAAAUAGAGCUCACAAUCAAAUGCUGCUUUAGAUUAUCAGGAAAAAAAAAAAGUCAUCAUCAUUUGGUACUCUUAUUUUAAAAUCAUUUCAUUUCUUUGUGUAUCAGUCGAUUCGCGCUGUAAACAUAGUUUUUAAAUGAUUGAAUAAAACAAUUCAGAGCGCGUACCUACUGUCAGGGACAGGUAUUCGAGAGUGAGUAUUUUACUUUGUUGAUAUUUUGGUAUGAUAGUUAUAUCCCUUUGUUUAUGUUCUCCCAGGCUAUGAAUGUGAAUAGUCUUGCACGUGAUAUGAACUAAAUGUUCUAGUCUUCCUUGAGUGUGCGAGAGAGUGUGUUAGUCAGUGAGGUCUUGUUCCCGGUCCAGGAAGGUUGGACGGUUGCUUCCUGGACUGGUGUUUGUGCAUUAAUAUUUCCUGAGAGCUGCUGUCAUUUUUGUGUGCUAUAUCGGGUAUUAAAGUUAUUGUUGUUUUCAUGGAUAUCUGGAGUAGGAGAUUAUUUAGUAUUAAUUGUAAUUGAUUAACCCGUAAUGAGCCAAGCAAGAAAAGAACCUGACAUCUAUUUUCUAUGCUUUUAUAACACCAUCUAAUAUAUACAAUCUUUAAAACUACCAACAACAAUAGCGAUAAGUAUUAACAACACUGCUGUACCACUGGAACUGAUAUCUACGACCUUGGCUAAGAGCUCUUUUGGACAACUCAAUGAUUCUUGAAAUUUGUUCAUUUGAUAGUUGUGUUGGUCACAUGACAUCCUCGUCAACAAUAAGCAUAGAAACAUAAAACGAAGAAUGGACAACCUUACCUUAUUCAACCGCAAAUCAGUCUGCGUACAGACAUCAGGAUAUACAUUGGAUUCGAACCUGAGCUCCAUAGAUGGGGAAUGACGUUACUAUACUCAAAGUAGUAACGUCAUGAAUGUCUGUGAGCUUUUUAAACUAACCCCCCCCCCUUCCCGUUUUCCCCUUUUCCAUAGGUGUAAUCUUUGCUGUGGGUAAUAUAGGAGAGAGGGCGAAGGGUAAGGAAGAUGAAGAGAUGCAGGCUUCGUUGCUCGCCCAUCGACUUGCCGCCAAAUACAUUUUUAAUUUUUUGGUUGUACACUUUUUACAAUGUUUGAAUCGCAAAUUAUAUAUAUUUAUAGUAAGUUAUAAAGAUUUUGUAUAAUAAAACAAUAUUGACUUUUG